UGCGGCUGUGGGAAUCAGCCUGAUAGAGGGGGUGGUUAGAAGCAGCGCCCUGGGGCAUCUCUGCUGCUGCGGCGUUCCUCUGUAGAAAAAAUGAAGAGAAGAACUGAGCCUGAAUUUAGCAGUCCCCAAAAGAAGCAGAAGAAGAAGGCAGAAGACUUGGGUUUAACUCUCAGUUCUACUUCAGAUGAUGAAGCUCAGCUUAGUAACCAUACUACUCAAGAGUCUUCCAGUAGCAGCAGUGGGUCUGAGAGUGAGAGUGAUGAAAAAAGACUUGCCUUCAACAAUGAGUUCAAACAAGACUCUCUGGUGGAGGGUACUUCGUCCCGCUACUCAAUGUAUAACAGUGUCUCCCAAAAGCUCAUGGCCAAGAUGGGCUUCCGGGAAGGAGAAGGUUUGGGAAAAUAUGGCCAAGGUAGGAAGGAUAUUGUUGAAGCCUCCAAUCAGAAGGGAAGGAGAGGCUUUGGGCUUACCCUCAAAGGGUUUGAUGGGGAGCUGAAUAUUGAUUGGCAGGAUGAGCCAGAGCCUAGUGCCUAUGAGGAGGUGGAUUGGUGCCUUGAGUGUACCACAGAAAUCCCUGAUGCCCAGGAGCUGAAGGAGUGGAUGACUGUGGGCAAGAGGAAGAUGGUGAUUGAAGAUGAAACGGAGUUCUGCAAUGAAGAGCUUUUACUUAAUGUCCUGCGGUGCAAGAGUGUAUUUGAUGAGCUGGAUGGAGAAGAAAUGCGCAGAGCCCGAACAAGAUCUAACCCCUAUGAGAUGAUCCGUGGAGUCUUUUUUCUGAACAGAGCUGCGAUGAAGAUGGCAAAUAUGGACCAUGUCUUUGACUACAUGUUUACAAAUCCUAAGGACUUCCAGGGGAGGCCCUUGAUAAAGGAGCGAGAUGCAGAGCUGCUCUACUUUGCUGAUGUGUGUGCUGGGCCUGGGGGCUUCUCUGAGUACGUCUUGUGGAGGAGGAAGUGGCAUGCAAAAGGAUUUGGCAUGACCUUGAAAGGACCAAACGAUUUUAAACUUGAGGACUUCUAUUCUGCUUCCAGUGAGCUCUUUGAACCUUACUAUGGAGAAGGAGGGAUUGAUGGGGAUGGAGAUAUCACUCGCCCUGAGAACAUUACUGCUUUCCGGAACUUUGUUUUGGACAAUACAGAUCACAAAGGAGUGCAUUUCUUAAUGGCUGAUGGGGGCUUCUCUGUGGAGGGUCAGGAGAACUUGCAAGAAAUCCUAAGCAAACAGCUAAUGCUUUGUCAGUUUCUUAUGGCACUGUCCAUUGUCCGGACAGGAGGACAUUUUGUCUGCAAAACCUUUGAUCUGUUUACUCCAUUCAGCGUGGGGCUUGUUUAUCUGCUCUAUUGCUGCUUUGAGCGUGUGUGCAUCUUUAAACCUGUGACAAGCCGCCCUGCUAACUCAGAGAGGUAUGUGGUAUGCAAAGGGUUAAAGCUGGGGACUGAUGAUGUGCGAGAAUAUCUCUUCAUGGUGAACAUCAGACUCAACCAGUUGCGCAACUCCGAUGUGGAUGUGAAUCUAGUCGUGCCAUUGAAUGUGAUCAAAGAUGACCAGGAUUUCUACGAUUAUAUUGUCCAGUCCAAUGAAAACCACUGCAAAAUUCAGAUAAAGGCACUAGCUAAAAUUCGUGCUUUUGUUCAAGAUACGACACUGAUGGAGCCACGGCAGGCUGAAAUCCGAAAGGAGUGUCUCCAACUAUGGGGGAUUCCUGAUCAGGCUCGUGUUGCUCCCUCAUCUUCAGAUCCCAAGUCCAAGUUUUUUGAACUGAUUCAGGGCACAGACAUUGAUACCUUCAGUUACAAACCCACUCCUCUGAAUUCCAGUACGCUGGAGAAAAUCCGCCAAGUGUUCGAUUACCGGUGUAUGGUGUCUGGAAGUGAGCAGAAGUUCCUCCUGGGGCUGGGGAAAUCACAGAUCUACACCUGGGAUGGUCGCCAGUCAGACCGCUGGACGAAACUGGAUUUGAAAACUGAGCUGCCACGAGAUACCCUUCUGUCUGUGGAGAUUGUCCAUGAGCUGAAAGGAGAGGGGAAAGCUCAACGAAAAAUCAGUGCUAUCCACAUACUUGAUGUCUUGGUACUCAACGGCAAUGAUGUCCGAAACCAGCAUUUCAACCAGAGGAUUCAGCUGGCAGAGAAGUUUGUCAAAGCGGUUUCCAAACCUAGCCGACCAGAUAUGAAUCCGAUCCGAGUGAAGGAAGUGUACAGACUGGAGGAGAUGGAGAAGAUUUUUGUGAGGUUAGAGAUGAAAGUCAUCAAGGGCUCAGGGGGAAUACCCCGGCUAUCCUACACAGGCAGAGAUGACCGGCACUUCGUACCCACGGGACUCUACAUUGUACGGACUGUGAAUGAUCCCUGGACUAUGGCAUACAGCAAAAACUUCAAGAGGAAAUUCUUCUUCAACAAGAUGACCAACGAAUCAACAUUUGACCUCCCAUCUGAAUCCAUUGCACCUUUUCAUGUAUGUCAUUACAGCCGUCUCUUCUGGGAGUGGGGAGAUGGUGUCAAAGUGCAUGACUCUCAGAAAAGGCAAGAUCCAGAGAAGCUAUCAAAGGAGAAUGUCCUGUCUUUCAUCCAAGCACACUACCCCUUGCCCCAGCUCUCUUGAAGGGUGCUGGGAAGAGGCUGAGCCCAGCUCGGAUUCUUCAGGGACUGACAAGACUGGGAGACUCCACAGCUGUCCUAGCCUUUUCCAGAGCUGAUUCCCUGGAUGUGGUCUAACCUGGAAAUGACGUGCAGAAGACGUAGGAUAAGACUCUGAACUUGGCAGUGUAUAUAAGAGUAUGACCCAGGUAGUGCCUGCUGCUGGAGUACUUAUGGUGGCUCCUGGAGUGAAGGCCUAAUGCCCUUUUGUCCUGACCUACUGCAUGCAUGAGGCCAAGAGGCUAGCAGCUUUCUUUGCUCCUGUUAAAAUAUUCAGCAAGGUUUGUGGAGCUCUGUGCGUCAGGACUCUCCAGGCUUGUGCUUCCCUGGCAGUGGGAAGGAGCAGAUGAAAGUGGCAGUGCUGGGCAACAGCACGUUGAUGCAACCCUGCGUCGUACCUGGCAGCUGUAUGUCCCCUUGGCUUGUUAAAGGCCUUCACUGCCUAGUGGAGGCUAUUAAUUCACUGGGGAAUGCUAGCAUUGGCGUGCAAACAUGAACUUUUUUUGGUGUUUCCAACACAUCAGCUUUCCAGGCACUUGGCUUGCCAACGGCAAUUCCUAUGUGAUGGUAUCCUGUUGGACAGAAGCCAGCACAGGUGAUGAGUAGACUUCCUGGCACGAAUUUGAUGUUUCAGUGCCAGGAUUUUCACAGAUGUCCACAAGCUGCUGUUUCAAGGAUUCUUCCUUUGCAGGUCAGUGACUGAUCCUGAACCAGCAGCCUGCAGUUAAUUCAUGCAAGUGUUUAUGCCUCAUGGUAAUUCUGAGACCAAGGUGCUUUGGUUCUUAGUACUUCAUGCUGUUACCCAAAUCUUCGGGAAGGAAAGUGGAUGUGGGAGGGAAGACAUAGGAAGUUGGGGAUGCCAGAAGUGUUCAGAGGAAAUCAUGGGUACGUUUGAUUUUUUUUUUUUUUGUU